AUGAAAGUUUAUCUUACCGAGAAUGCUAAGGAGUUGCGAGACUUACUUUUCGCAGAACAAGUUCAAAUCCAAAAAGAACAGUUAAAAAAAUUAGGACUUUUUACUGAUUACAAUAAACAUUAUAUUACUCUCAAUAAAGAAUAUGAGGCCGAGCAAAUUCGAGUUUUUGGGGAAAUGGUAAAAAAAAAUUUAGUUUAUCAGGGAUUUAAACCAAUUUAUUGGUCCUGCGGUCAUGAAACCGCCUUAGCCGAAAAUGAGAUAGAAUAUUACGAAAAGAAAGAUACUUCGCUCUAUUUCAAAAUUAAAUUGGUCAAAACUCCUGAUUUUUUGGUAGCCAUCAAAAAAACGGCUUCUUAUGCUUUGGUUAAUCACAAUAAUGAAUAUUUAAUAAUUCUGGAAAACCAAAUCCCUCUUUUCGAAAAAUUAAGUAAAGAAAAACCAAAAAUAGAAAAAAUACUGGCGGGAGAAAGAUUAUUAGGGUUAACUUAUUCUCAUCCUUAUCAAAAAGACAGAAAAGGAUAUAUUGUUGAUGGCAGUGAUUUUAUUGAAGAGGGAGAAGGGACGGGGAUAGUCCAUUUAGCACCCGCCUUCGGAGCGGAAGAUUUUGCAGUAGCAAAAAAGGAAAAAUUAACGAUUGAAUGUCCGCUGGAACCGAAUGGUUUGUUUAAUAAAAAAAUUGUGGUCUCGGAAUUGAUCGGCAAACAUUAUUCAGAAGUUAACCAGUAUGUUAUUACUGAUUUAGAAAAAAGGAAUUUAAUAGUAAAAAAAGAAAUAAUUUCUCAUAGUUAUCCCCAUGAUUGGCGUGAUAAAAGCGUGCCAAUUCCAGUUUUAUAUAAAAAUAAUGAACCAAUACUUAACCCCGAAAUUAUUGAUUAUGUUGCGAAAAUAGUUGCUAGUAGUGGUUCUGAUUGUUGGUUCGAUGGCAGUAUUUUACCGCUUUUGCAGGAAAAAUUUCCUGGUUUGAUAAAUGAAGAAACUGUUUUAGGAGAGGAUAUUAUGGAUGUUUGGUUGGAUAGCGGGGUUUCUCAUCGUUGCGUUUUCACCAAAAUUUAUAUUACGUAA